AUGGACCCCAAGAAGGCACGUAUGGGACUUAUUAUAAUUGAUAGUUCAGUGUUAAUGAUUCGAUUAACAAUACUAAAGAUUCGUUUGACCAUCAAUUUGAACAGACGGACCCCGCUUUAUGGUCAUCAUAAAACUAUCAGGCCCGGAGAAGAGAUGCCGAACAUGGAUGCCACAUUUGCAGUUUUGAUACGCGAGGAAGGGGCUCCUGGCUUAU